UGCACGUGUGUGCGCCUGCGCGUAACGCGCGCCUGCCAGUCGCACCUGAGAGCCGAGGAGGGCGGGAGCUCGGUCUCAGGUGUUGACUUUUCCCUCAUCUCCCACCCACUUCUCCUCGGCCCGAGAUUUAGUGGGUACACCUUCCAGGAAGCACCAUGAAAGAUACAGAUAUCAAGAGACUGUUUUAUGCUCAUCUUUUCUGUGUAUUUUCUAUUAUUCUAACUACCUUCACUCCAUCUUUAUUCUUGGAGGACUUCUCAGUCUUGGAAACACACUUGACAUGGAUGUGUAUCUGUUCUGUAUGUGUAACCAUUGUCAAUGUAGUAUUAUAUUUGCUAAUAAAACCAAAUCCAUCUUCUAAGAGAAGCUCAAUUUCACAUAAGAUAUCCAGACUUCUGAAAUCUUGUGUCUACUUUUUUAUAUCAUGCCUACUCUAUCAUGCAAUCAUUGUUCUGUAUGGAGCACCGCUAAUAGAGUUGAUGCUGGAAACAUUUUUAUUUGCUGUUCUUUUGUCAACUUUUACCACAUUACCUUGUCUGUGUUUAUUAGGACCAAAUAUUAAAGCAUGGCUACGAGUUUUCACCAAAAAUGGAGCUACAUCUAUUUGGGAUAAUAGUCUUCAGAUCACUACACUGUCCAGUGUGGUAGGAGCAUGGCUUGGAGCAUUUCCUAUUCCAUUGGAUUGGGAGAGGCCAUGGCAGGUCUGGCCCAUCUCCUGUACGCUGGGAGCCACCUUUGGGUACGUGGCUGGUCUUCUCAUUUCCCCUGUCUGGAUUUACAGGAACAGGAAGCAGCUCACAUACAAGAGCAGAUAAGUGGAGCAAAAGAGAAAGCGUUUCUUUGUGCAGAUUCCAUAAAGACUGUGCAGAAAAUUUUGUGGUCAAAGCAGAAGAUUCAAACCUUCUGAAGUAUUAUACUACAAAGCCAAGCAAUUCCAUUUACAGCAUUUUUUAUGCAGUUGCAACAUGGUGUGUGGUUGUAGCUUUUUAAACUAUGAAACCCCUGAGAGAUUGUACCUUCUAGCUGAAAAUAAAGUAUUUGUAACAGA